AUGGUUGAAAAUGAACGACUUAGUUAUAUUAGGUUUAACCAGCCAACAUUAAGCGUGGCACCUUAUCUCAACUUGGCCCAGGCAGCUGAAGAUGGCAUUGAAGAUGCUUCUUUGAUGGGAAACCGUAUUAUUAUACCAUCUUCUUUUACUGGCGGCAACCGUUACAUGCAACAAAACUACUUAGAUACGAUGACUCUGGUUAAGUGGUUUGGUUAUCCGGAUCUUUUUUUAACCCUUACAUGUAAUCCUAAAUGGCCAGAAGUCAUUAGAUUUGUUGAAGCCGAGAAUCUUAAACCGGAAGACAGGCUAGAUAUUCUGACACAAAUUUUCAAAAUUAAACUUGAUUCAUUAAUCAGUCAAUUGAAGGAUGAAAAAACUUUGGGUGAAGUCGCUGGAGGCAAAUGUUCAAAACGAUUUCCAAGGGAAUAUACCGAUCAUACGUAUAUUGAUGAAGAUGGUUAUCCUAUUUACCGGAGAUGUAAUGAUGGAAAUAAUGUCCUUAAAAAAGGUGUUUCUUUAGACAACAGAAAUGUUGCUCCAUAUAAUAAGAUCCUUAUGAAACAAUAUCAAGCUCACAUGAAUCUAGAGUGGUGUAACCAAGUUGGAUCGAUAAAGUAUCUUUUUAAGUAUAUUAACAAAGGACCGGAUAGGAUAACAGCAUCUAUUGUUGAUCCAACAAAAAAGAAAAAACAACAGAUCGAAAAUAACGACCAUGACGAAAUUGGUGAGUUCUAUAACUGUCGUUAUAUUUCCGCAUGUGAGGCAUGUUGGAGGCUUUUUGGGUAUGAUAUUCAUUAUCGAACACCGCCUGUCGAAAGGUUGUCAUUUCACCUAGAACACAAACUACCUGUUGUUUUUAAACCAAACCAACAUCUUAAUCAUGUUGUUUCUAAACCGACUGUCGCUGCUUCUCAAUUUUUAGCUUGGAUGGAAUGUAACAAGCAUGAUGAAGAUGCACGGAAUUUGUCAUACGUUGAAUUCCCAACUAAAUAUGUUUGGAAUAAAUCAGAUAAGAUAUGGACAAAAAGAAAAACCAAGUCCAAGGCACUCGGUCGAUUGAACCACGUUUCUCCCAAGGCUGGUGACAUUUAUUACCUACGGAUUUUGCUGAACAAAAUCAAGGGUCCUACAUGCUAUGAAGAUAUCAAGACAAUUAACGGAAUUGUACAUGACUCUUACAAAGAUGCUUGUUAUGCUCUUGGUCUAUUAGAUGAUGAUAGAGAGUACAUUUCGUCAAUAAACGAAACACAUCAUUGGGCCACAGCUUCUUUCUGCCGGUCUCUCUUUGUUAUGUUGAUUACAUCAGAUAGUUUGUCAAGUCCUGCUCAUGUUUUUGAAGAGACAUAUCAAUGUCUUUCUGAUGAUGUCAUUCACAUUCGUGAACAAGAAAUCGGCGUCAGAGGCCUGAAGUUAAAAGAGGAUGCAAUUUUCAACCUUACGUUGUCAUACAUCGAGAAAUCAUUAUUGAGCUGCGGAUUGAGUUUGAAGCAAAUACCAAAUAUGCCGUUUCCUGAUCAUAGAUACAUUCAAGAGUCAUGCAAUAUGUUAAUUCAAUAUGAGCUUAACUAUGAUCCUGAUAUUAUUGAAGUUGAGCAUCAAGAUUUGUAUUCCAAAUUAAAUGUCAAGCAAAAAAAUGUUUAUCACACCAUUAUGAAUGCGGUUAACAACAACCAAGGUGGUGUCUUUUUCCUUUAUGGUUAUGGAGGAACCGGAAAAACAUUUGUUUGGAAGACCUUGUCUGCUGCUAUUAGAUCCAAAGGUGAAAUUGUUAUCAACGUUGCUUCAAGUGGAAUUGCAGCACUAUUGCUCCCUGGUGGUAGGACAGCGCAUUCAAGAUUUAUUAUCCCAAUUAACUUGACUGAGAAUUCAUUUUGUUCUAUUGCGCCAGACAGUGAUCUUGCUGCACUACUGAACAAAGCGAGACUUAUCAUUUGGGAUGAAGCUCCGAUGAUGCACCGUCAUUGUUUUGAAGCAUUUGAUAGGACGCUUAGAGACAUUAUCCGUUCAUCUGACAGGAAUAAAGCGUUUGGCGGCAAGACCAUUGUAUUUAGAGGUGACUUUAGACAAAUUCUUCCAGUAAUACAAAGAGGUAAUCGUUCGGAUAUUGUGCAGGCAUCGUUACAUUCAUCAAGAUUAUGGAGUGAAUGUACAGUUUUACGUUUAACGGUAAACAUGAGGCUUCAGGUUGGUUGUCCAACUAAUGGUUUGGAUGAGACAAAAGCAUUUGCAGAAUGGAUUCUUAAAAUUGGUGAAGGUAAUAUUGGUGGUCCUAAUGAUGGUGAAGCUGAAGUUGAAUUUCCAGAAGAUGUUAUCAUUCGCUCUACAGGUGACCAUAUUCAUUCAAUUGUAUCGACCAUUUAUCCUUCUUUUGAAAACCAUCUUGAUGUCCCAUCAUAUUUUCAACAUAAGGCUAUUUUGGUUCCUACAAAUGAAGAAGUUGAUGCUAUCAAUGACUACAUGUUAGCAUUGAUGAAAGACGAAAGGAAAACUUAUCUGAGUUCGGAUUCUUUAUGUGAGACAAAGUCAACAGAUUGUUUUGAGGAAUCAGUUUACUCUCCUGAUGUACUGAAUGCUUUUAAGGCAUCUGGAAUUCCCAACCAUAAACUCACAUUAAAAACAGGUGUUCCGGUCAUGUUACUUCGUAAUAUUGAUCAAACCAAAGGUCUAUGCAAUGGUACAAGGUUACAAAUAGUUAGGCUUGGAAAACAUGUCAUUGAGGCACGCAUUAUAGCCGGUAGAUUCUUCAAUGAGACUACUUAUAUACCUCGCCUGAAGUUAACUCAGUCUGAUAAAAGAAUCCCCUUCUGUUUUCAGCGGAGACAAUUUCCCGUAGCUGUUUGUUUUGCCAUGACCAUUAACAAGAGUCAAGGGCAGUCAUUAUCAACUGUUUGA